AUGACCAGUGAUUCACUCAAUGAAGGGCUGCCAGAAGAUCUGACUCGGAGGCAUCAAAGUGCAGCCCAGAAUAAACCUGUUCUUGCAUCUAUCAUCCCUGAUUGUCAUCAAGUCAACUCACAUAUUCUUCAAUCCAAUGACCCAAAACCUGAUUUCUUGAAUCGUUGUACCACCUGGCAUACCAACGUCCCACAACGACCUCAGGACACAUGUCUUCCUUCACACUCCCAUGAAGCCGAGUUGCAAGAGCCACCGCAUAUGGAUAUCUUCUGUCUUCCCCCGUUCUGGGAGACUACUUGUGAUAGCAAUCUCACUGUCCAUCUUAUCAGUGCUCAGUGCUCAGAGCAUCAGACAGAGAGCCGGCUUAUCCAGAGACACCUGAAGCAAAUAAUGAUUGAACACGAACUAUACAAUCUCAUGGACCAACACACAUGCCAAAGGCUGCGCAAAGCUGAUAUCAGUGUUGGUGUUUCAUGCAGUGUGUUGCGCGUGUCUGGCCUUGCAGGCAAGACAUUUGAUGAUGUGGAUAGCGACACUUCAAGUAUGUUAGAUGAAUCAGAUGCAGAGCCAUCCCCUUGA